UGAACAAAAUCAUCAGGAGAAAAGUAGGGAGAAAAGAAAAAGAAAAAUCCAAUUCUCCUUCGUCAUUUCCCCAUUUCCCAAGUGCCGAUACACACAAUAAUCCCAAUUCCCAAGCAUUAAUUUUUCCAAUUUUUUUUAGCCCUUUAUGGGAUAGUCAUAAAUUGUUGAGAAAAACUAUGAACAAGUCCAAGAAUUUUCUUCAAACCUACAUCGUUAAGCUCUUCAGAUCCCACUCAAACAAAGAGGGACAAGGUGAAAAGGAGCUGGAGCAGAUAGCGGCACAGGAACAGAAAGUCUUCGCCUUUGAAACUUUGGUUGCUGCUACCAGGGAUUUUCACGCCACUCAUAAGCUCGGUGAAGGUGGUUUCGGACCCGUUUACAAGGGAAAGUUGAAUGAUGGUAGAGAGAUUGCAGUUAAGAGGUUGUCACACACCUCAAACCAAGGGAGGAAAGAGUUCAUGAAUGAAGCCAAGUUGCUAGCACGCGUGCAGCACCGGAACGUCGUGAAUUUGUUGGGCUACUGUGUGCACGGCUCUGAGAAACUACUUGUCUAUGAGUAUGUUCCUCAUGAGAGCCUUGACAAGCUUCUCUUCAAGUCCAACAAAAGAGAGGAGCUUGAUUGGAAACGGCGAUACGACAUAAUAUGUGGGGUUGCGAGGGGCUUGCUUUACCUUCACGAAGACUCGCACAACUGCAUCAUCCACCGAGACAUCAAAGCGAGCAACAUUCUACUUGAUGACAAGUGGAUCCCCAAGAUUGCUGAUUUCGGCAUGGCCCGCCUCUUCCCCGAAGAUCAGACGCAUGUUAACACCCGUGUGGCUGGUACCAAUGGGUACAUGGCUCCGGAGUAUGUCAUGCAUGGGCAUCUAUCGGUAAAGGCGGAUGUUUUUAGCUUUGGCGUUUUGGUGCUGGAGCUGAUCAGUGGCCAGCGGAACUCAUCGUUUAAUCUUAGUGUCGAUGCGCAGAGUCUACUUGAUUGGGCAUACAAGCUUUACAAAAAAGGGAAGAGCUUGGAUAUUCUUGAUGCAGUAUUGGCUCCAACGGCAGUGACUGAACAAGUAGCAAUGUGUAUUCAAAUAGGUUUGCUAUGCACACAAGGUGAUCCAACCCUCCGACCAACAAUGCAUCGCGUGGUGGUGAUUCUGUCCAAGAAACCUAGCAAUCUAGAAGAGCCGACUAGACCUGGAGUGGCUGGUACCAGAUACAGAAGGUCUAGGCGACCCGGAGCGCUGUCUUCUACUGCAGGAACUUCUGGUGAAUCGAAUUUGUCCGAUUCGAGCUUUAACACAAACACUGGGACUGGAACAACAUCAAUGUCCCAGCAAAAAAUGAGUACAAAUUCACCACCCCAGCCUAAAACCGGAACAAGUUCAAGAAGCCAUAAAUCGGAUACUCGGGGCAAACGCCCCAUUGAAUAGUUAGUCUCGCUGGUUAAAGGGAAAUUUGGUUUAUUCUUUAAUGGAUUUGAUGUCUUUUUUGGUUCAUGUAUAUAUAGGAAAUGUUGAUAGGUAUAUGAGUAAACUAGUUGACAAACAUAUCCGGUUGAACUUGCAAUUCCUUGGGAAUACAGCAGAAUUGCGUUGCAUGACGCGUCCGAAAAAUAGUUUUUGUGACCUAGAGCGAACGGGUCAAAUUAGUUGGUUCAUGUAAAGAAUUUUAGAUGUUUCUUAAUUCUUAUAGAGUUAAAACAUAAUAUAGAGGACCUGGAAAGGAGAAGCAGUCUCAUGUCGUAGUUACUUUAGGGGUGAUUCAUUGAAUGAAGCAUUUUUUUGUUGGAAUGAAGGCGGUCAUGAUUUUUUUUUU